AGAGCUUCCCUCUUGCAUCAUCUUCCUCUCUCUAUCCCCCCCUCCCCCCCCUCCUCCCUCUCUAGAGCAAAUAUGGCUCAGGGAAGAAGCAGUGCAAUGCUUGUGACUCUGCUGCUCUGCCUGCUGGUGCUCCAUUAUUCUAAUCUUGCUCAUGCAGCAACUUACACAGUGGGAGAUGCCCGAGGCUGGACUUUCGACCGGGACACCUGGUUCGCAGGGAAGCACUUCAAAGCCGGUGAUAUUCUUGCAAUGCUUCCUCUUUCUGGUCCAGUGUUCAAAUACAACCCGGCAAACCACAACGUAGUUGUAGUUAACGAGGCAGGUUAUGACAGAUGCAUGACUCCUCAAGGCGCCAAAGUCUACCAAACGGGGAAUGAUAAGAUCAAGCUCGUCAGAGGGAAGAACUUCUUCAUCUGUAAUUCCAGGCGCAUUGCGAGGGUGGCAUGUAGAUCGCUGUAACUGCAGCUUAAUAAGUUGUAUUCAGCUUGCCAGCUAGCUUUCUGUAUAUUGUUAGUCGCUCGAUCGUGUGAAAGUAAUUGUGAUAGCUUCUUAAUGGUAAUUCCGUAACCUUUUCUGUAUGUCUUCUUGGAAGUGAGAUUUCAGUUUCUCUUCUAAA